GGGAUCCUUACGAACUCCAAAUCUCCAACUCCCUAGACCAGUUCCGGCUUUGAAAAUCUCCGAGCGAGUGGCGCAUCUAAAUCUGCUAGUAGAUUCAACGUGCUCGUUUCAUCUGGUUUCUCUGGUUUUUACUUCUAGUUUAAUUUACGCCUAAUUUAUUUUAGAGCUCCUCUGGUUUAAACACUCGGUUUCUUUCUUCACAUCCCUGUCGUGCUGAACCCGUCCUUUUCCUGAACUACAUUUUUCUUAAUGCGCAACUAGUUGCGCCGGUGUCUCCAAUAUGGUCUCGCUCAACAGUCUGAAAGGUGGCCCCCAAGUCUCAACUACCUAUGGCGAUGAAGCGGCGCAAGGAGGUCACUUCGUGCCCGCUAAAUACCGAGGUACUGUGAAGGACCAGGCGGACAUGAGUGCUCUGGGCCGAGAACAGGUGCUACGUAGAAAUUUCCGGUUCAUCUCUAUUGUCGGUUUUGGUUGCACAUUGAUCGCAACAUGGGAGGUUAUCCUGACACUGCUCGAGCAAGGUUUGACCGAUGGAGGUACCGCUGGCUUGAUCUGGGGUUUCCUUAUCGUCGCGUGUGGAUUCCUGCUCGUUUUCCUCAGUCUAGCUGAAAUGGCUUCUAUGGCUCCGACAUCUGGAGGUCAAUACCAUUGGGUAUCCGAAUUCGCGCCUCGUAGUUGCCAGAAGUUCUUGAGUUAUAUCACCGGUUGGCUGUGUGCUAUGGGCUGGCAAUGUGCCAUCGUCUCAAUUGCCUUCCUUGCAGGUACGAUUAUUCAGGGUCUCAUUGUGCUCAACCAUGAUGAUUAUGUCUUUGAGCGCUGGCACGGCACGCUGUUGGUGAUUGCCAUCACCUUCUUCGGCAUCUUGUUCAAUACAUUCCUGGCAAAGAAACUGCCGUUCGUCGAAGUCCUCAUUCUUAUCCUCCAUGUCGUUGGGCUCUUUGCCAUUAUCAUCCCUCUCUGGGUUCUGGCUCCUCGAAGAAGCGCCCAACAGGUCUUUACAGAAUUCAACAACGGUGGUGGAUGGAACAGCGCUGGGACAGCAACAUUAGUUGGAUUUUCCACUACUAUUACCGCUCUAAUUGGAUAUGACUGUGCCGUGCACAUGUCCGAAGAAAUCAAAGAUGCAUCUGAGACCCUCCCAAAGGCUAUGAUCACUUCCGUUCUCAUCAAUGACUGUGCGGGAUUUCUCAUGCUGGUGACGAUCUGUUUCACCUUGGGUGAUAUCGACGAGGUCCUCGCAACCCCCACCGGCUACCCAUUUAUUCAAGUGUUCUACAAUGCUACCAAUAGUCUUCCCGGCACGAACACCAUGACCGCAAUUUUGGUUCUUACACUCACUGCGAGUACGAUUACCGAGUUGGCCACGGCCUCUCGGCAACUUUGGUCUUUUGCCCGAGACGGCGGUCUUCCAUUUUCCGGGUUCUUUGGAUACGUUACUCCGGGGUGGAACAUUCCGCUUAAUGCGGUGAUGGUUUCUCUUAUGGUAACGGUACUCCUGUCGUUGAUCAACAUCGGUUCGACAACGGCUCUUUUGGCUAUCGUCACCUUGACCAUCGGAUCACUGAUGUCUUCAUACGUAAUUACGAUUGGGUGCUUGCUGCUCAAGCGGAUCCGCGGCGAGCCCCUUCCACCUCGUCGGUGGAGCCUGGGUCGGUUUGGAAUGGCCAUUAACAUCGGUGCCCUGUGUUUCUUGGUACCGGUGUUUGUGUUCGCUUUCUUCCCCCUGACCUCAACAGUCGACCGAGAGUCGAUGAACUGGUGCGUGGUGAUGUACGGCGGCAUUAUGAUUAUUGCCAUUCUAUACUACAUCUUCCGCGGCCGGCACGUCUACGUCCCUCCCGUUGCUCUAGUCAAGCGUGACAUUUGAGGUUGUAUACUUUUUUACUAGGGUUAUAAUCACCUAAUUCUAAUUGGAAAUAGAUAGUAUAGAAAGGAGAUUUGUAUCGAGUUCCUGUCUUGAAGACACGCCUGUCCUGCGCCCGUAGCUUUUUCUUUUUGAAGAGGAAAAAUCUGCUAAACUUCAGCCCCUCAUUGUCUUUCCUGCACAGUGCAACCUGAUAGUCACACUCUCUGGGUUCCAGCGAAUAAUCAGGCCAAACCAACUCCAAGACCCACCGCAGCUCCACUGACGCCCCCACAUCCAUCGUCCUCUUACCCAGAGCCAGAUCACUGAGAAGACAGGAACCUCGAUAGUCAGGGUCCGCUCGAAGCUUA